AUGUCAGAGAUAAAGUUGCAACAGAUCGAGGAAUUAAAGGCUGAAGCAAUAGCCAACCUUGAGUCAAAUGACGACGAACUGCAAAUUGGAGCCUGUUCUCAGCUAAGCAGAUUUUUUAUUGGUUUCGGAGGCAUAAAUCCACCAUCGGAGGGAUUCAUAUCUGGAAUUGUUCCUCGACUCCUCGAGUUUCUUGAUAGAGAUGAUUACCCGAAGCUUCAGCUUGCGGCAACGAGGGCUAUAGCAUAUAUUUCACUUGAAUCAUCUGACAACAUCCAUAUCAACAUCCUAAUUGAACAGGGUGCAGUUCCCACUGUGGUGAGCCUUCUUAGUUCUCCCACGGAUGAACAUCACGGAGAGCUGGAAGAUGAACUCAAUCUGCACUACGAGUACUAUCGCUACAGUUUACAAGUUGAUGACACUGAGAAGAGAUGUGCCCAAUGGAAAACUCCAGUCCUAAUCUCUCAAUCUCUCUCCGAGUUGAAGCUAUUACAUGCACUUGUGGUGUUGGGAACGAUUGCCAGUGUGUCAGCAAAAUAUCGUGACUUUGUCCUUAGUCAUGGAGUGUUAAUGCCCUUAUUGGAACAAUUUAAUGAUAAAACAAAUCUAACCAUCAUGGGACAGGCAACGGAGACAUUGUCAAAGCUUUGUCUGAGAAAGCCUCAGUUCGAGCAGGUUAAAUCUGCCAUCCUACCUCUUGCUCAUGUGAUCCAUACAGACGAUCAAAUAGUCCUUAAGCAUGCAUGUGAGGCACUAUUCCAUCUAACUUGUGGGGAAAUGGAUAUGAAACAAGCUGUGAUUGAUGCUGGUGCUUUCCCUCGUUUGUUUGAGCUUUUACUGUCAGUGAAAAAAUCCCUCAGUUCAGUGGUUCGCAGAUAUCGUAAAUCAUAUAUUUUGUAUGUGCGCAUCGUUGAUAAUAUUAUUUCAUAUGUAGACGAUACCCAGAUUCAGGCGGUGAUUGAGGCUGGUAUUAUUUCACCUCUUCUCCCACUGCUUCAAGAUGCUGAUCUUUUUAAUGCUGCUGCUGAGGUUAUCUAUAAUGUCACGACUAAGGGAACUAAUGAGCAAAUCAGGUUCCUGGUGCACGAGGGUUGUAUAGAGCCAAUGUGCGAUCUUCUAGUUAAGCCCAACGAAGCGCAUGUCAUAAAAAUCUACUUGGAAGGCCUUGAGAACAUUCUGAAGGUUGGAGAAGCUGAGAAGAACCAAGGUAACACCGAAGAUGUGAAUGUCUUUGCUCAGAUGAUUGUUGAUGCUAGGGGCCUAGAGAAGAUUAAGAACGUCCAGACUCAUGACAAUAGUAAAAUACGCGAACAGGCCGAAAAGAUACUUGAAACAUAUUGGUAG